AUGCUUCCACCAGCAGCACCACCUGUUCCUCCUGCCCUGCGUAUGCGUACGCCGGGCUACGCGCAUCACUCGCUCAAGUUCAGCCCCUUCUUUGACAACCGCAUUGCCCUGGCCUCUGGAGCCAACUUUGGUCUCGUCGGCAAUGGACGUGUGCAUAUUGUCAACAUGAGCCCCGGUGGCCUUGUGGUGGAGAAGUACUUCGACACCCAAGACUGUGUAUACGACAUUGCGUGGAAUGAGGCACACGAAAACCAGGUGCUCGCCGUCUGCGGCAACGGUGCUCUGCGCAUGUUCGACAUUACCUUGACGGGUCUCCCCGUCGCAGCAUGGCACGAGCACACCGCCGAGGUCGUCGGCGCGGAUUGGAGCAACAUUGAGAAGGGCCUGUUUGCGACUGCGUCUUGGGACGGGUCUGCCAAGGUGUGGUCGGUCGACCGUGCCACCUCCAUCACCACCCUCCCCACCGGCGCCGGCCAGUGCUACUCGGCCCUGUUCUCCCCUCAUACCCCUUCCCUCCUCUCCACCGCCGGCCAAGAUGGUACCGUCAGGCUAUGGGACCUGCGCACGACGGCCAACCCGCGUCCCGGUGUCGCGUUCCAGCCCCAGAUGAGCUUCCGUGCUGGGCCGGCGGAGAUCCUGGCCGCCGACUGGAACAAGUACCACCCCGGCGUGCUCGCGACGGCCGGCAAGGACGGUGUGGUGAGGGUUUGGGACACGAGGAACCCCAGCAGGCCGACGGCAGAGAUGCAGGGCCACUCGUUGGCGAUCCGCAAGGUCCAAUGGUCUCCGCACCACGCCGACAUUCUCGCCUCGUCAGGCUACGACAUGACCGCACGAGUGUGGGUCACGCGCCCGUCGCCGGCCCAGAUCCACGUCACCGCCGCGCACACCGAGUUUACGAUGGCGCUCGGAUGGGCAUUGUUCCAGGAGGGUCUGCUGGCGACAGCAAGCUGGGACCAGGAACUGCACGUUUAUCAAAAUGUCUAG